AUGCCCAAGCGAUCGCUAGACGCAAGCAACAUAUCGCCCACCAUGCAGAUGGAUAGGGGGCAGAAGAAGACUGAGAGAUCUCACGAAGAGAACCAGGAGCGGGCAUACAUCGCCGCCUCUCGCCGUGCAGACCGCAGCAUUGAAGCUCGCGUCCAGUCCGCAAAGAUGGCCAGUGAAAUCCACAAGAAGCGAACUGGCAAGGGCUUCAAGAUCUCCGAGGCCAUUGUCCAGGCAGAGGAGAUGUAUGAGGAAGAAGAGGACGACAUGCCUAGGUCCUACCGCAUGCUGGCAGCUCACCUACAGACCGGCUCUCCCGAGUUCGACUAUAGAGUAAACGCCUUCUUGGCCAACCGCGUCGCUAUGGCAAGCAUGGUCGCUGGUCUUCGUAACCAGGAAUGGGCCGACAACCCAAUCAACAAGAUGUUUGCCGAGCAGUUUCCCGAUGCCACCAAGCAGGCCCAGGCUCUUUCUCGCAACUUGACCAACUCCAUGUACUAUCAACCGGUUGCGCCUAACUCGAUGCCCCAGCGACAGCCUCAGCCAGACCACCCCGUAUCGAGCCCAAUGUCGCCUUCAUUCAGCACAGUAAAUUUCCAGCAAGCCCCACAGCAACAGCCACGGGAGAGAACACAGUCUGUGGCCUCUCCCAUGGAUGUAUCUACGUCAGUGGUGCGAGACGUUGCUCAGUCGCCACCCGCCCUGUCUCCAUCCUCAGAGGCAGCCGCUGCUAGUCCGUCAACUCGCACUGCGUCGACUUUCCCGUCGCCAAUGACGAGUUUAGACGCGACUUUGUUCCCACUGGAGUCGUCCUUCACCUCCGAGCUGCCUAUGGAAGCCAAGAUGAUGGUACCUAACUUCGACAUGAAUGACUCCAUGUCCCAGAUGUUCAUGGGCAACCCGUGGCAGCAGCAAGCUUACUACCCCGAGAUGGCCGACCUGAAACAUGAUCCGUCACUCGGGGAUCCGUUUACCUCCCACGAGUAUUUCGACGGCCACCUCAACCCGUACACUCAACGGUACGACGGUCUUCGCAGCGAGUGCGCUACCCCUGGUCAGACGACCAACGACAGCUGGGACACUUUUGUCAACUUCGACAACUUUGACGACAGUGCCACUGGUACUGCCGAACCGACCUUGUAG